AGAUCAGUUCACAGUAAGACGUUCGCGGAGAGACACGUGCCCCUUCGCGCUCCUCCGUCUGGAUUUAAGCCCUCAUUUUUUUUCUUUGUCGACGCGUCUGUGCGUGCCCUUUCGGACUUCCUCGUUCACUCCUUUGGCAGAGGGAGUCGGCACGGUUCUCUGCACUGUUCUUCGACGGAACUUUAAUUGCUGCUUGACCAAGCAAAUCCAUUGGCAGACUGUGGCUUUUUUUCUUUUAUUUAUAUAUUUUUUUCUGGUUCGGUUAUUGCACUUUCCAAGACUAAUCGUCGAGGGAGAUAAUACUCCGUUUUGUACAAGAUGAGCUGUCCAUACGCCAGGGAAAAUGGGGUGGACACAGCCCAGCAGGGGAAGAACCUCUUGGAUUUCGGUGGGAUUACUUACACGUCUUACCUCCAACUUCACAAAAUCCUCAAUGCUCAGACCAUGAUGUCGACGGAGGAUGGGACACCCGUUCACGAUGAGCACCUCUUCAUCAUCAUUCAUCAAGCAUACGAGCUCUGGUUCAAACAAAUCAUCUACGAGAUCGACUCAGUCAGGGAGAUCUUCAGUCAAGAGGAGGUCGACGAACACAAGAUGUUGGAGAUUGUCAAGAGGAUGCAGCGAGUCACCUUGAUCCUGAAGCUGUGUGUCGACCAGUUCCUCAUCCUGGAGACUAUGACGCCUCUCGACUUCAUUGAAUUCCGUAACUACUUGUCCCCGGCUUCAGGCUUCCAGAGUUAUCAGUUCAGAUUGCUCGAGAACAAGGUUGGACUUCGAGGGGAUCUCCGCGUAAGAUACAACCAAGAGAACUACAUGAAGGUGUUUGGAGACGAGCCUGAAGUCUGCAAAAACAUCAUGAAGUCCGAGGAGGAACCUUCCCUUCAGAACCUCGUCAGUCGCUGGUUGGAGCGCACACCGGGGCUCGAGGAAAAGGGCUUCAACUUCUGGAACAAAUACAAAAUGGCCGUCGAUAGCAUUUUGACGCAGGAGUACCGGGAGGCUGAGACCGAAGAAUGCGAGACCUUACGGAGCCACCUGAUCGACCAAAACAAAAAGAGGCGAGAGCUCUUCGACAGCAUCUUCGACUCGAGGAUCCACAACGCACUCAUGGCCCGCGGAGAGCGACGUCUCACGCACCGGGCCAUGCAGGGAGCUCUCAUGAUUUCCUUGUACAGGGAGGAAUCGCGCUUCAACCAGCCUCACCAGCUCCUCCAGCUCCUCAUGGAUGUUGAUUCGCUCAUGACCAAGUGGCGAUACAGCCACGUGAUGUUGGUACAGAGGAUGAUUGGGUCACAGCAGAUCGGCACAGGUGGUUCGUCAGGCUACCAGUACUUGCGCUCCACUCUUAGUGAUCGUUACAAGGUGUUCAUCGAUCUGUUCAACCUGAGCACCUUCUUGCUGCCAAGAAACUGCAUCCCGCCCUUAACACGCCAGAUGAAGAACCGCCUCAGCAUCAUGGAGGAGGAACAGAAGGAGGAGGAAAGCAAAGUCACUUCUUCAGCGUUGCACUCGACUGCGAAAGCCCCCAUUCCUCCUUCGGACUCCCCGUGUCCUCGAGAGAACGGAGAGGAAAAGGCGUCAUCAGACAGUGACUUAGAAAAGAGUUUGGAAAAUAGUAUGGAAAGGUCCUGUGAAGCUUCGAUGUAGAAGGGGGAAAUGGCAACGGUAUUGUUAGGAAUUUUACAUAGAUGCGCUGUAGUGUUAGUUGGAUAUUGUUGGAUCUGUCUUUGGCAGUUCCUCUUUUUUUUCUUUCUUUAAGUCAUUCCUUGAGAACUUGCUGUCUGAAUAAUGUGAUAAUGGUACAUAAACACCUUUCCAAUGGUUUUGGCAUGGUACAAAUGUCCAUUUCAUUUUGUGAAAAUGGAUAAUGUUUAUUUGACUUCGAUAUGUACAUGCAUUUUAUAUAUAUAUUGCAUUAGCUACAGUAACAUAAGGUUUUAUUUGUUUAAAGGCAGUUGCUGUGGUGCUCUUUUAUUUCGCAUUCAUUUCAUGCAUUUCAUUUUGAUAAGCUGUCAGUAAUGGUAUGAAAUUAGGGUAUUUGACAAAAUGUGUCACAGUUACAAAAGUGUGGCUAUAACUAAUAUCAAAUUAGCUAGUACUUUAAGUCUUGUGAAAAAUACUCAAUAUUGCUUUUAAAAAGUGUCUAAAUAUCUGAUAUUGGGAAUUCUCUUACAAAUACAAGAUUAUGUCAUCUUUCAAGUGGGUAUUUCUGAUAAAGCUUAUAUGUAUUUCUUACUUUAUUGUAUGUUUUAUGUUUUAGCAUAUAAGUUAAGACCAUAUAUUUUCAGAAAACAUAAACGUCAGACUGCUGUAUAGAUAUGUAGUGAAUGACCAUUUUAAUAAAAAAGAAGAUAUUUUUGCUCAUGAAAAUGGCUCCCUUAAAUACAAGAAGGACCCAGUCCAAACUGUAUUAUCAGUAUAUACGUGUUUGAGGUUUUGUUGGCAUUUGCCAGAACGCAGAGGGUGUGGUAAUAUAAUGGUACAACGCCAUCAUACUGGCCUUCAGACUGAAUUUUCCAUUACAAAUCACAUCAGGUAGAUUUGCAUAGGACACAGUCAACGUAACUUGACUAUGUCCAAUCUCAAGAGAGAAAAGGUAGGUAGCCUACUUUGAUUCACCGAUUCUUUUGUGAAAAAAAAUUCUUGCAGGCAGCAAAUUUCAACAAUAAAAAGUUAAAAUAUAAUUAAAUACGAAAGAUGUGUAAAUACAUUUUCUUCCAUUACAAAAUAGAUUUGAUGAAUCGGAGUGUCCAAUCUCAGUUGCUAAUUUUUCAAAUUUUCCCCGAGAUUAGACACAUUGCAUGAAAUGAAAGUCCCAUAUUUAGCGAGUUUCUUCUAAAUAUUUGUCUGAAGUUCACGUGCAUUUUCAAAAAAUCAGAUCGCCCUUAUUCUAUAUAUUUAAAUACUUUCUCGUAUUAAUACUCAUGUAUCAAGGUAUUUUAUGUUAGAUUAUGAGAUAUUGCUAACUGCAAGAACAUUUUUUGUACAAGAAAAUUCGAAGUUAGGAAAAAAAACAUACAAGAGAAACUCCACACAAGGUUCUAUAUUAUUUUAUUACUAUUAUUAUUAUUAUAUGAAAUGUUGAUUUCUUGAAUUUUAUUUUUCAGAUUAGAAGUAUUAUAUGGUUGGGUGAUUGAAUAGUAUCAUAACUUUUUUUUGCAUAAUUACCAACAUUAUUUAUGAUUAUGAUUCGCAUUGUAUUGAACAUAACUUAAUUCCAAGAUAGUUUAGCCACAGAUAUUUAAGAAAAAAACAUCAAUCAUCUCUUUUAAGCAUCUAGUUUGUCACAGAUUUAUUAGUCUCAUUUUCUUUCAUUUUCUUCUAUCAUCAGAAUAAACUUAAGCUUAUUUUGCUUAUAGUUUUUGUUGUUGUUGUUCUACUAUAAAUUGUUGCACAUGUUAUACUUAUUCAUUUGGAUAGCAUAUUUUAGGAGCAUUUUUAUUUCUGUAAGUCAUAAUAUAAUUGAGAAAACCGACAGUUUUGUAAGUGGCAUCUGCUCCAUUCCUUGUGCAUUUUAUGGACAUCACAAAAAAAAA